AUGACAUUCAUUGGAAGUAUAGGUUUUGUGAUAUAUUGCCAUUUGAAUAUCAAGUUACUUCAGGCGGCAUCAACAUAUUCAAAAACAGGAUAUUCACAAACUACAUCCUACCCAACAAGUCCAGAUUCUUCAUCCCUUUGGAAUUUCACAACAGACGCAUCAACAACAUUAUCACCAGAUACAGAAACAGGAACAACAAUACCAACAAUCCCAUUAGAAACAACAACAAAAACAGAUACAACACAAUUAACAACUAAAUUUGAUAGAACAACAAUAACAUAUGCAACUAUACCAACAACACUACCAUACACAACAAAAAUACUCGAGGCAGCAUGGUCACCAACAACCCCAUUAUAUACAAUAACCACAAAAACACAAUAUACAACAACAGCUACAACAACAACAUCAACAAGCCCACAAGAAACAACACCAGAUACAACAACGCUGACAGAUGCAACAUCAGCUACAGCACUAGAUACAGCAAUCCCAACAGCUAAAACAACAGGUAAAACAACUUCAAUAAAUACAAUAACCCAACCAGAUAGAACACCAGAUACACCAAAACCACCAAUUAUAGCACAAAAUACAACAAACACAAUAAAUACGACAUACCCUCAAGUUACAACACCAGGAACAGCACCAGAUAUAACACAAGACACACAACCAGAUACAUCGACAACAACUCCACCAGUUACAAUAACUCCGCCAGUAAGAACAACAUAUACAAUAUUCCAACCAGUUACAACAACAGAUACAACAUCUCCGCCAGUAAGAACAACAGAUACAACAUCUCCACCAGUAAAUACAACAGAUACAACACCUCCACCAGUUACAACAACAGAUACAACAACUCCACCAGUUGCAACAACAGAUACAACAACUCCUCCAGUAACAAUAACAGAUACAACAACUCCACCAGUUACAACAACAGAUACAACAUCUCCACCAGUUACAACAACAGAUACAACAUCUCCACCAGUAACAACAACAGAUACAACAACUCCACCAGUUGCAACAACAGAUACAGCAUCUCCACCAGUAACAACAGAUACAACAACUCCACCAGUAACAACAACAGAUACAACAACUCCACCAGUAACAACAGAUACAACAUCUCCACCAGUUACAACAACAGAUACAACAACUCCACCAGUUACAACAACAGCUGCAAAACCUCCACCAGUUACAACAAAAGAUACAACAUCUCCACCAAUGACAACAACAGAUACAACAUCUCCACCAGUUACAACAACAGAUACAAUAUCUCCACCAGUAACAACAACAGGUACAACAACUCCACAAGUAACAACAACAAAUACAACAACUCCACAAGUAACAACAACAGAUACAACAUCUCCACCAGUUAUAACAACAGAUACAACAACUCCACCAGUUACAACAACAAAUACAACAUCUCCACCAGUAACAAAAACAGAUACAACAACUCCACCAGUAACAAAAACAGAUACAACAACUCCACCAGUAACAACAGAUAAAACAUCUCCACCAGUUACAACAACAGAUACAACAUCUCCACCAGUUACAACAACAGAUACAACAUCUCCACCAGUAACAAAAACAGAUACAACAACUCCACCAGUAACAAAAACAGAUACAACAACUCCACCAGUAACAACAGAUACACCAUCUCCACCAGUAACAACAACAGAUACAACAUCUCCACCAGUAACAACAACAGAGACAACUCCACCAGUAACGACAGAUACAAAAUCUCCACCAGUAACAACAACAGAUACAACAACUCCACCAGUUACAACAACAGAUACAACAACUCCACCAGUUACAACAACAGAUACAACAUCUCCACCAGUAACAACAGAUACAACAACUCCACCAUUAACAACAACAGAUACAACAACUCCACCAGUUACAACAACAGAUACAACAACUCCACCAGUUACAACAACAGAUACAACAUCUCCACCAGUUACAACAACAGAUACAACAACUCCACCAGUAACAACAACAGAUACAACAACUCCACCAGUAACAACAGAUACAACAUCUCCACCAGUUACAACAACAGAUAUAACAUCUCCACCAGUUACAACAACAGAUACAACAUCUCCACCAGUAACAACAACAUAUACAACAUAUCCACCAGUAACAACGACAGAUACAACAUCUCCACCAGUAACGACAGAUACAACAUCUCCACCAGUAACAACAACAGAUACAACAUCUCCAACAGUAACAAGAACAGAGACAACUCCACCAGUUACAACAACAGAUACAACACCUCCACCAGUUACAACAACAGAUAUAACAACUCCACCAGUAACAAAAACAGAUACAACAACUCCACCAGUAACAACAGAUACAACAUCUCCACCAGUUACAACAACAGAUACAACAACUCCACCAGUUACAACAUCAGUUACAUCAACUCCACCAGUAACAACAGAUACAACAUCUCCACCAGUUACAACAACAGAUACAACACCUUCACCAGUUACAACAACAGAUACAACAACUCCACCAGUUACAACAUCAGUUACAACAACUCCACCAGUAACAACAGAUACAACAUCUCCACCAGGAACAACAACGGAUACAACAACUCAACCAGUAACAACACCAGAUACAACACCUCCACCAGUAACAACAACAGAUACAAAAUCUCCACCAGUUACAACAACAGAUACAACAUCUCCACCGGUAACAACAACAGAUACAACCUCUCCACCAGUAACAACAACAGAUACAAAAUCUCCACCAGUUACAACAACAGAUACAACAACUCCACCAGUUACAACAACAGAUACAACAACUCCGCCAGUUACAACAACAAAUACAAAAUCUCCACCAGUUACAACAACAGAUACAACAUCUCCACCAGUAACAUCAACAGGGACAAAUCCACCAGUAACAACAACAGAUACAACAUCUCCACCAGUUGCAACAACAGAUACAACAACUCCACCAGGAACAACAACAGAUACAACAACAGAUACAACAACUCCACCAGUUACAUCAACAGAUACAACAACUCCACCAGUAACAACAACAGAUACAACAACUCCUCCAGUAACAACAGAUACAACAUCUCCACCAGUUACAACAACGGAUACAACAACUCCACCAGUAACAACACCAGAUACAACACCUCCACCAGUUACAACAACAGAUACAACAUCUCCACCAGUAACAUCAACAGGGACAACUCCACCAGUAACAAUAACAGAUACAACAACUCCACCAGUAACAACAACAGAUACAACAUCUCCACCAGUUACAACAACAGAUACAACAUCUCCACCAGUAACAUCAACAGGGACAACUCCACCAGUAACAAUAACAGAUACAACAACUCCACCAGUAACAACAACAGAUACAACAUCUCCACCAGGAACAACAACAGAUACAACAACAGAUACAACAACUCCACCAGUUACAACAACAGAUAUAACAACUCCACCAGUAACAACAUCAGUUACAACAACUCCACCAGUAACAACAGAUACAACAUCUCCACCAGUUACAACAACAGAUACAACAUCUCCACCAGUAACAUCAACAGGGACAACUCCACCAGUAACAAUAACAGAUACAACAACUCCACCAGUAACAACAACAGAUACAACAUCUCCACCAGGAACAACAACAGAUACAACAACAGAUACAACAACUCCACCAGUUACAACAACAGAUACAACAACUCCACCAGUAACAACAUCAGUUACAACAACUCCACCAGUAACAACAGAUACAACAUCUCCACCAGUUACAACAACAGAUACAACACCUCCACCAGUUACAACAACAGAUACAACAACUCCACCAGUAACAACAGAAACAACAUCUCCACCAGUUACAACUUCAGAUACAACAUCUCCACCAGUUACAACAGCAGAAACAACAACUCCACCAGUUACAACAACAGAUACAACAACUCCACCAGUUACAACAUCAGUUACAACAACUCCAACAGUAACAACAGCUACAAUACCACCACCAGUUAUAACAACAGAUACGAUAACUCCACCAGUAAAAACAACAGAUACAACAACUCCACCAACAACGCCGAUAACGGAGGAGACUAAUAUAAUCACGUUAGUCUGUGGACCUGUUGCAACACUGCCUAAUGGACAAAUCAACCUUGAAGAAACAGCUAAUACUACAUUUGGUGCCACCGCUAAAGUAACGUGUAACUCUGGGUUUGAUACCAGUACGCAUCAAGUGACGUGUUUAAGUAAUGGGUCAUGGUCAUGGACAGCAUGUUCGCUGAAAGACUGUAAAGCGUUAAAUGAUCCACACAAUGGAAAAGUUAAUCAUCAGAGUGGAACAAAAUAUCGCCAGAAUGCGACUUACAUGUGCAACAAUGGAUAUGAACUGGUUGGAGAUAGAGUUCGACAGUGUCAGGCCUCUGGGCUUUGGGGAGGAGCACAACCGUCUUGUCUUGCCAAAGGUAACAAGUCUCGAAGAUGUCGUCCAGACGGCACAUGGGAGCGACCACAGUACAGCUGUAUCAGAAAAGCAGUGGAGGACGUCAAUAAUAAACUCAAUCAUCUAUCGACGGACGUUAAUUCUACAAAAGAAGAUAUUACAGAAGCACUCCAAGCUCUGUCCAUUGUAACCGCGACACAUGAGACAGAUGCGUCAUCAGCUCUAACUGAUGGGGAAUUAACUGCGCUGUCUAGUUCACUAGAUAAUGUUGCUACUCUUCUUAACUCGACAGAUCUUAUUUCUGCAAAUAUCACAGAGAAUUUCAUGGAAUCAGUCAGCAAUUUGCUUGAUUCGUCAAACCAAGAAAGCUGGAAGGCAAUGAAGGAAACAAAUAACAAUGGGGCAGAAAAUAUGCUGAAAGCUGUUGAUUCCGUUGGGUCUGCUCUAAGAAGAAGUUUUGAAAGUUAUGCUUACACAUCUGCCACUAUUAUCAAGACAAAUGUCGCCAUGGAAGUAAAGAAGAUUGAGAAAAGAAAUUAUGAGUUCCCUGCAAUACUUUCAAAUGAAAGUGCAACAGAUUCUAACAAGGAUUGGAUUUAUAACUCUCACAAUAUUGGGAAACUGGAUCCUCCAAUCAGAAUAAUUUUCGGUCACUUCCAGGUAUGUGUUCAUAUGCGCAUUUUAAACGGAGAAAAGGAAAUAUUAAUUGAAGCCAUGGGUACCGUUAACAGUGACGGUCAAGCUGGAGGAUGGACAACUGACGGCUGUUCCGUGAAUUCCUCCUCACAAAACCAGACUGUCUGUGAAUGCACCCACCUUACUAACUUUGCUGUGCUGAUGAGUCCAUUCGUGCAGGCAGAUGUUGAUUCAAACCCUUUGCGCAUAGUGUCCAUCGUUGGAAUUGUUGUGUCCACUAUCUGUCUUCUAUUAACAUCGUGUGUGUACAUCUGCUUAUGGAGGUACAUGAAGAACGACCGUGCUGUGUUGCUUCUGAACCUCUGUAUUGCCCUGUUGUUCUCAUACAUCAUUUUCCUGGCCGGAGUCGACAGAACGGAAAACAAGGAGUCUUGUACAGUAGUUGCUGCCUUGUUGCACUAUAUAUAUUUGGUCGUGUUUUGUUUGAUGCUGGCGGAGGGAGUAAACAUUGCAUACUCAGUUAUGUUUGUAUUUGCUACCAGAUCAAGGGUGAGGCCACUUGCUAUCGCCUCAUGGGUUUCACCAGCAGUUAUAGUCGGAAUAUCACUCGGAGUAACACAGACACGAGGAUAUGGAAGUACUGACUUCUGCUGGUUGUCUAUAUCCCGUGGUGUUAUAUGGGCGUUCGUGGCGCCUGCUUUGCUCAUUAUAUCGUUAAAUAUUGUAUGUUUGUUCAUCGUUUUACGGAAAACGCUGGGAAUGAAAUCAAUGGAAACUAAGAUAUUGACAGAAAAGAUUCAGACCAGCCUUCGUUCUCUUUGUGUAUUAAUUCCUCUGAUGGGUGUGUCAUGGAUUGUGGGCAUAUUCUACAUCAACGAAGAUCUGUACUUCAUGCAAUAUCUUUUUGCCAUUUGUAAUGGUCUUCAGGGUUUCUUUAUUUUUUUAUUCCAUUGUGCGCUGAAUAAAAAGGAACUUACGAAGCUCGACAAUUUCACUUGCCAGCUUGGUGCGGAAGCUUUGGUCAUAUUCAACGUCCGCAUGUGUUAA